AUGCUUAUCGGCUUAUGCGGAGCUAUCUGCGCUGGCAAGCAUGCUAUUGCCGAGUAUUUGAUCGAGCAUGAAGGCUUCCAGCUUCUCGAGCUGGCAACCAAACCAACGCAGCAUAUCACUGACGAGCCCGAUGACGACCUCCGAUUACAAGCCUCCGAAAUCAGAAAGAACCGCGACCGAAAGGAGCGAGAUGCCCAAUCCGACCUGGUAUUUGAUACUCCAGAGGCCUUAUUGGACUUUGUGACCAAAAGAUGGCAAGAGAAGUGGGUGACUACCGAUAUUGCAGAUGGCUCGACCCUCGACCGAUUUCUGCUGCGGCCAUUCUUCCUCUUGGUGAGUGUAGAUGCUCCCGUCAGUCUUCGCUGGAAACGAUUCUCGGACAGGUGCUGGCGAAGACAACUGGACCCUCCUGAUUUGGAGAAGUUCGUGUUGUGGAAUGACCGUCAUCUAUAUGAAAAGGACAUCGGACGGGUCUAUCUCACCGAUAGAGCCCAAGUGCGUCUUUUCAACUCCUCUUCGUCCCUAGAGGAGCUCCACAGUUCCCUCCAAACUCUAGACCUCGCCGAUGAACAGCGCCUGCGCCCGAACUGGGAUCAAUACUUCAUGCAGCUUGCCUCUCUUGCCGCACAAAGGAGCAACUGCAUGAAACGUCGAGUGGGAUGUGUACUGGUUCGAGAGCGCCGAGUCAUCAGCACUGGCUAUAACGGAACGCCUCGGCACCUGCCCAACUGCAAUGAAGGUGGAUGUCCCCGGUGCAAUCGUGGUGAUGGUGGUGGAGUCGGUCUCUCCACAUGUCUUUGCCUCCAUGCCGAAGAGAAUGCUUUGCUGGAAGCUGGUCGAGAACGUAUUCGCGAAGGCGCAAUUCUCUAUUGCGAUACGUGCCCGUGCUUGACUUGCACAGUCAAGAUUACCCAGGUCGGCAUUUCCGAGGUGGUGUACUCGCAAGGCUACAAUAUGGACAAGGAUAGCGCUGCGAUUCUCGAGGCGGCGGGCGUGAAACUGCGACAAUUCAGCCCUGUAAUAUUUCUAUUCCAGUCUCCAAUGAUCAAUGAUUACAUGCUAAUUACCCCUCCAGCCGUCGAAUGGCCUUUAAAUCUUGAGACUCGACCCUCAUACUUUAGUCCUUUUCUCACAAUGCCGACCGUUCACCUUUUGGACUACGUCGCGGGUAACAUCCGCUCGUUGGUCAAUGCGAUCAACCAAGUCGGAUAUGAGGUGGAAUGGGUUAAAACCCCCGAGGAUGUGAAGAACGCCGAUAAACUAAUCCUUCCCGGUGUCGGCCACUUCGGCCACUGCCUCUCACAAUUGGAGCAGGGCGGGUUCCUGGGCCCUAUUCGCCAGCACAUCGAAGCCGGAAAGCCUUUCAUGGGAAUCUGUGUCGGUCUACAGGCUCUGUUCCAGGGCUCCGAGGAAGAUCCCAACGUCCCCGGCCUGGGCGUCGUUCCCAUGAGCAUCCAAAAAUUCGACGACAAGUCCAAGAGUGUUCCACACAUUGGGUGGAACUCGGCGAUGAACACAGAGAUCGAGACGAAAAAGCAGAGUUUCUUUGGAUUGAGGCCGACCAGCAAGUACUAUUACGUUCACUCAUACGCGGCACCUUACCAGCCCGGCGUGCUCGAGGCAGACGGCUGGUCGGUUGCCACAGCCACAUACGGCGAGGAGGAAUUUAUCGGUGCCAUCAGCCGAGGCAAUGUCUUUGGUACUCAAUUCCACCCUGAGAAGAGUGGUGUGGCUGGACUACGCGCCAUCCGUGCUUUCUUGACCGGCGACCAAUUCCAAUCCCUUCCCCAAGAGCUGGUUGCUGGUAAGGAAGAUGGAUUGACGCGCCGAGUCAUUGCCUGCCUCGACGUUCGGGCAAACGACAACGGUGAUCUCGUCGUGACCAAGGGCGACCAAUAUGAUGUGCGCGAGAAGAGUGGCGUGGAUGCGGGUGGCCAGGUUCGCAACCUCGGAAAGCCCGUCGAGAUGGCCAAGAAGUAUUAUGAGCAAGGAGCGGACGAAGUCACCUUCCUGAAUAUCACAUCCUUCCGCAACUGCCCCGUAGCGGACACACCCAUGCUGGAGAUUCUCCGGAGGACAUCAGAGACGGUCUUCGUGCCCUUGACCAUCGGUGGAGGUAUCAAAGACACCGUUGACACUGACGGCACCGCGAUUCCAGCGCUCGACGUUGCGACGAUGUACUUCAAGUCCGGUGCUGAUAAGGUCAGCAUUGGGUCCGACGCGGUCUUUGCCGCCGAAGACUACUACAAGUCCGGUCUGAGCGGACGCACAGCCAUUGAGACGAUUUCAAAUGCCUAUGGCAAACAGGCUGUAGUGGUGAGCGUCGAUCCUAAGCGGGUCUACGUGGAUCGACCGGAAGACACCGCUCACCACACUCUGAAGACUGCUUAUCCUAAUGCUGCCGGUCAGAGCUACUGCUGGUACCAGUGCACGGUCAAGGGUGGCCGGGAGACUCGCGACAUGGAUGUGCGGCAAUUGGUACAGGCCGUGGAGGCGAUGGGUGCUGGAGAAAUCCUCCUCAACUGCAUCGACAAGGACGGCAGCAACAGUGGCUUUGACUUGGAGUUGAUCAACGACGUCAAGGCUGCCAUUAAGAUUCCCGUCAUUGCCUCCAGUGGAGCUGGAGUACCGGGUCACUUUGCAGAGGUGUUCAGCAAGACGACGACUGAUGCGGCAUUGGGUGCAGGCAUGUUCCACCGUGGAGAGUAUACUGUGAGCCAGGUAAAGGAUCACCUCAAGACCGAGGGCUUCCUGGUUCGCCAAUUUGAGGCCGAUAUCUGA